AUGACAGUCCUGCAACCAGAUGCACCCAUGCAUGAGGUCCGCAAGGCACUCGAAAUAGCCCAGCAAGCAUAUAGCACAGCACAACUCAAGCUACGAACUCUCAAGAAAGAAUACGCAGUGCUCCAUGCUGCUAUACCUGCAUGCAGCCGUAACAAAGUCUUCAAGAAGACAUCGGCUCUUGACAGCCAGAUCACACGUGCAGGCAAGAAGUAUGCGAUGUUCCACUAUUUCUGGGUCAUGAAUGGACUCUUCCUGACAACUCCCAAGCCAAACGUUGACCCGCGCAGUGACACACGUUGGGCCUCACCAGAGGCGAAGCUCAAUGGCGCCAUGGCUGAGUUGUACCAGUGUGUACCGAAGUCAUUACACAAAUCGAUGGAGACUUACUUGCAGUUUGGACCGCUGUUUCGUGCUGCCAUCAGCUCUGAAAGGUCGAACAUACUUCACAGCCUCAAGGACUGCGCAGGCUUAAUUUUCUCCAGUCUGAAGCUCGAUCCGACUGUCUUGACUGCUGGGCCUACUGAAAAGAAGGAGAAUGAGCAGCUUCUCGGACUUUUAAAGAAGCAUGGUGAGGAUGAGUAUAUGCGUCUGGCCCUCGUCCUGUUCACAAAUCCCUCUGUGAUUGUUCCGGACGACUUCCUCAAAACACUCAUCAUGGUCAAAAUUAUCUGUGUUGAGAUAUUUGGGAAGGCUUCGCUCUCUGGGAAAACAAAGGGACACCCAAAGGCUAGGGGUCAACAUUGGGACACACAGUGCAUAACCGAAGGUCUUAUUGCAGGUGCUGCGAUUGUGCUCAUGGCAACUGGAUCAAGCACAAUGAUUGAAUAUGGGCAAGACUAUGACUUUUACUUGGAACGGCUGUUCAAGCGCAGCCCAUGGGCUAUUGGCAUGAUGGACUACUACAAUAGAGAAGUCUUUGGUGCAAGUUCAGUUCUAGCAAGCGCUUCAGCCCUUUCAUCCACCUCUCAACCUCGUACCUGGGAAGAUGAUUUUUUGCAGCAAUUAGAAGCUCCUGCUUCUGCUCCUGCUCCUGCAUUACCUCCUGUUCCUGUAUCCGCUGCACCUCCGGUUCAUGCUCCCACACUCACAGGUUUCACCAAUGUACCUGCCUCCAAUCACCCCAAUACCAUGUCCAUUAGCCAACGAGAGAUCGUCCCCGCCACCACUCAGCUUGACGCUGAUAUUGGCCUGCUGUCACUGGGAAAUGACACUGAUUCAGAGCCAUCUGCAUCAAGUGGUCGCAGAUUACCUGUUGCUCCACAGUGUGCUCAACCAUCAAUGGACCCGGAUGUAGCUCCAGUCACUCCAUUGGCCCCUCCACCAGCAGUCAAAUGA